AUGGCUGACGGACACGACUCGGGUGGUCAUGUGGCCGACGUCUCGUCCCACAGCCCCGACCACCAUCGUGGCCACGGCCACGGUCAUGACGACAACCCGGACCACUCUCUCCAUCAGUCCGGGAACUUCCUACCGGCCUUGAACAGCCCCGAGUCGAACCGCAGGUGGAGCCGAAACGGAAACGAGUCUGAUGAAGAAGACGGCGACGCCGAAGAGCAACCGCUGCUGACCCGCCGCUCUCGCCGCAUCUACUCGCCCGCCCCGAUCCUCGCCAUUGUAGUCUUGGUCCUGAUUGUCGCCGUCAUGGGAAUCGUCGUCGUCGUGUCCAAGAGCCGGGAUGGAUAUACGGGUGCAAGCUCUUCUUCCCUUUGA